AAGCGGACCAAGAGACGCCACCAGCAUGACAGCAUGAAAGCAGUGGCCAUGGCUAUUAACCAUGAAGCUGGAGCCUAACAUGUCCAUCGCUUCCUCCUUCUGUCAAAAAAAGCUUCUCUGGUGCUACAUUGAACAUACACUCUUUGAAUAUGCCAUCCAAGUGCGAGAAAGCCCAACGGACUGCUUAACACCUGCUGUUCCAUCUGAGUAGGAGGUGGCAACAAAAGACCAAAUGCCAUGGAUGCAUUCAAUUUCACCUACUGGAAUGCCUCUGAAGGCAAUGACACAGAAGUCAAGGAACAGAGUGAGAGCCCCUACAAGACAGUGGAGGUGGUGUUCAUCGUGUUGGUGGCCGGUUCCCUCAGUUUGGUUACAGUUAUCGGAAACAUCCUGGUCAUGCUUUCCAUCAAGGUUAAUAGGAACUUACAGACUGUCAACAACUAUUUUUUAUUCAGCCUUGCAUGUGCUGACCUGAUUAUCGGACUGUGCUCCAUGAACUUGUACACAGUCUACAUAGUAAUAGGCUACUGGCCCCUGGGGCCGGUGGUGUGCGAUCUGUGGUUAGCCUUGGACUAUGUUGUCAGCAAUGCAUCUGUCAUGAAUCUACUCAUCAUAAGCUUUGACAGAUAUUUCUGUGUCACCAAGCCCCUCAGCUACCCUGUCAAAAGAACCACCAAGAUGGCAGGGAUGAUGAUCGCUGCAGCCUGGGUUCUGUCUUUCAUCCUCUGGGCACCCGCCAUUCUCUUCUGGCAGUUCAUUGUUGGUGGGCGGACAGUGCCUGAGAAGGAGUGCUACAUCCAGUUCUUCUCCAACGCUGCCGUCACUUUCGGCACCGCCAUUGCCGCCUUUUACCUGCCCGUCAUCAUCAUGAUCCAGCUCUACUGGCAGAUCUCCAGAGCAAGCAAGAGCCGUGUGAAGAAGGAUAACCGUAAGCCAUCAGCGGCCAUCCCAGAGCCGCUGUCACCUGGCCAGAGGAGGAACAACACGCCAAAACCCAACAACAACAAUGUCCCAGGUGAGGACGCAGGGGGCUCCCAGAACCAGAAUGCUGACGACGGGGCCAACCAGCACGAUGGGAAACUGCAAAACGGUAAAGGCCCCUCCUCAAACACCGCUGACGGAGAAACCGAAGGUGACGACGGGGCGAGGGAGAACUGCGCUCCCGGAGAAGAGAAGGAGAGCUCCAAUGACUCGACAUCCGGCAGCGUGGCCGCAUCCAACCAGAAGGACGAGGAGGCGGUGCCGUCCACUGCCAACUCCAGCGUCGAGACCAGUCAGCCACCCACGCGUCAGCGAGCCAAGGCAGGGGGCUCCAAGCUGACCUGCAUCAAGAUCAAGACGAAAUCACCCAAGGGUGACUGCUACACACCGUCCAACGCCACCGUUGAGAUCGUCCCGGCCUCGGAGCGGCAGAAUCACGUGGCGCGGAAGAUCGUGAAGAUGACCAAGCAACCUCCCAACAAGAAGAAGAAAGCGGCGCCGUCGCGGGAGAAGAAAGUGACCCGCACCAUCAUGGCCAUCCUGGUGGCUUUUGUAGCCACCUGGACUCCUUAUAAUGUGAUGGUGCUUAUUAACACCUUCUGCUCCAGCUGCAUCCCCAACACAGUGUGGACUAUUGGUUACUGGCUGUGCUACAUCAACAGCACCAUCAACCCGGCCUGCUACGCUCUGUGCAAUGUCACAUUUAAAAAGACAUUCAAACAUCUUCUCCUCUGCCAAUAUAAAAAUAUUAGGUCGGCCAGAUAAAUAAG